UAGUUAGAUAAACUUCAGUCAUGUGCAUGGGGAUUUCUUUAAUGCCGAUGGGAGUGAGCCGACGACUUUCAAUGUUGUGAUUUCAUUUGUCUACGGAGGCUCCCAUGUAUUGCCUUUUUAGGGCAUCGUCCCCUUCACAAGAUUAGCCCUUCAUGUCAAAUCGUGUGUUGAUGUCUGUUGAUGGCUGACUUGAUACAGUGUAAUUAGCGCAGCAAAUAUGUCAAUGGAGCAUCCCACUUUGCCACCAUCACUGCUUCCUCCUCCACCUCCUCCUCCCACAGCACCAGGUCCCUCGGUACCCGGGAAGAAGAAGCUCUAUCAGGCCAUUGCUGAGGGAAAGGCCCCUGUAGAGGGAGACCAUGAGGAGGCUCUGUGCCUUCUCAGGCAGAGGGAGAGUGGCUUUAGAAAGGACCUUCAGUGGUUGCUGCUCAACAAAUACAUGCCGUCUCUUAUUCAGGAUGGUCCGCAAUGUGGGUUAGUGGCCUUGUGGAUGGCAUCACAACUGCUACAGCCGGCAAGGUGCAUUUCCAUGGACAUGGUAGUUCAAACAGCACUGACAAAGGGUUAUACUGCACAAGGGGAGAUGUUUUCAGCCAAGGACAUGGCCUUACUUGCAGAAGAGGUUUGUGGGUGUAAAGCUGAGCUGCUGAAAGGGGGAAUGGGUGGGGUCAACACCACCCGGAUCCUGAGGCAUCUCAUCGAGGGACAGCCUGUUCUCAUACCAUAUGAUGAGGACUUCAACCAUGAGCCAUGUCAGCGCAGAGGUCACCGGGCACACUGGGCCGUGGCAUCAGGUAUAUUGGUAGGAUUGACCAUUGACAUUCUGGACAUCAGGCAGCUCCAGUCAGACCCUACUCUUCCCUGGGUCCUCAUGCCUCGUGAAGGGGACCUUCCUGUAUGGUCCAUGGACAGUGUGCAAGAUGUUUAUGUGUUAGCCAAACAGGGCAAAAGCCUAAGAUAUCAGUUGUGGAACUUUGGAAUUGUGACUGAAAGCAAUCUGCAGCUCAGAGAGUUGGAUCCUCAGCGGGCGAAAGAUGGGACAAGCUAUGUGCUGCCCUCUGGUGGUGUGGAGACGGGACUGGCUGGCCAGGUGGUGCUGCUCCACACCAAAACACCGGUUUCCUGAGGCAUCGUCAUGGCCUGGAGUGCCUAUACAAGCAUAUAGGUGAAGAAGAAUAAGGAUGAAUUUCAAUGACAGUGCAAGAAAUGUAUUGUUUGUGCUUUUAUGGUAAAGAGAUGGAUAAAUAGUACAGUAUACCAUUUACACACCCCCCCCAAACACACACACACUCACACACACACACACACACACACAAAAGAGACUGUUUGCUGAACUUCACAUUUAAUUACAUUCAUGGCACUUUAUUCUGGGAUGGAAUCUAACUUUUGUUACUUAUGUAGUCCUAAUCCAUUUGGUGUUCAGAAUAAAAGUAAGAGAAACA